AUGGGUAUCUUUGUAAUCGAGCUGUUCUGGCGAGGAGCCCAAGUGGCGAUUCCACCUGUGACGCAUUUAGUACACAAAAUGAGGGAUGAAACGGCUAAAAAUGGAAGUGAAAACAACACCAAUAACAACAAUGUUGGAGUUAUUAAGGCUUACAAUAAUUCAUCUGAAGGAGCAUCUUUGACCGCUCUCCUGAGGGGGAAACACGUCCUCAAAGAUGCUCUUUACGAUGAAUAAAGGGGAGCUCUAAUGGAGGUUCCGACCACGACGUUAAACGAACGUUGUACAUGAUCGAGGGUUCAAAACUACAAGUAGAUUUUGGUCGGGUUACUAUUGCGUCUUCAACAUCUACCUCCGUCUCUAGUAGAACGAGAACGUCUAGUCCCACUAGGUCACCAUCGUCUAGAAGUCCAUCGUCAUCGCAAAAAACUAGUACCAUUCGUUGUGGUAAACAGCUUGACUUGUCUCCAGUUCAAGUGUGCCAUGUUCGCAACGGUGGAGACGAUCCUGUCUUUAUGAAACGAAAAUCUCUUAUCAUGAUUAUCAGAUUUCUUCAAUAGUAGAAAAGCAUGAUAAUGAUUUGAUUUAGUAAAAAGUAGAUUCUCGUGUCAUAAUCUUGUUGCUUUUGCUGCAAGGCAGGCCCAUACGAGAACGCACGCAGUGCCAGUUUGGCCCUUUGGUUUGCGGCAGCAGAGAACGAUUAGUGCAAACGGCGAGGAGGAUGCUGAGUAAGCCUGAAGAAGAAGGAGAGGAUGGUGGUGCUACUCUCGCAUACAGUAGUGGAAGGAAGCAACAUGCUAUUAAGCCUCAAGAUCCCAGCAAUCUGUAUUCUUGGCCAUUUUCACCAGAUACAGAGGUAUCAUUUCCGUACUCCAAAAGCAGAUUUUGGAAGUUGCCAGAUGGCACCGAACGAUUCCCUAAGAAUUUAGACAGCACUAUUGAGCCAGAGCGCCGUAAAGAAGCUAAUGAUGACCCCUUUGAGGAGGAAGGUCAGGCUGGUGGGUAGUUGGGAAGGUACAACUCCGGCUCUGAGAUGCAGAUGCUACUGGCAAAGAAGAAUGGAAAAACUUGAUGUUUCAUUCACGAUCACACAUCCAAGAUGAACAGGAUCGAAUUCCAUAAUUUUUGCAAAACCAGGCUCCCAAGUGAGAAGGAAGAAAAAAAUACCGAUUGG